AUGAAGGUAGGAGUCAUCGAAACCCAUCACUCCCAUACAAUUGUUCCCAGUGUGGUAGUGCAAGACACCAGUGAGGACCCUGGACCAAUCGAUGGAGGGGAAAACAGGUAUGCCAAAUUUACCAUAUUGCAACAGUAUCUACCUGGUGCAUUUGCACGGUACAAUAUUAACAACAAUAGUAAUAAAGAUGAAGAGAAGAAAAAGAAAAAAGAAAAGAAGAGCAAGUCAGAAAAAAAAAAGGAUGGAGAAACAAAAAAGGAAAAAAAGGAGAAAACAAAAAAUAAAGAUAAGUCCAAGAAGAAAGAAAAUAAAGAAGAGAAGAAGAAAGAUAUUUUCACUAUAGACCCAGCAGGAAAUAUAUAUUAUAACUGGUUGUUUUGCAUCACAAUGCCUGUCAUGUACAACUGGACCAUGAUUAUUGCUAGAGCCUGUUUUGAUGAGCUGCAGCACGACUACUUGUUGGCAUGGUUUAUUAUAGAUUACAUAUCUGAUGCCAUCUAUGUUGUUGACAUGUUUGUACGGACAAGAACCGGUUACCUGGAGCAAGGUCUUCUGGUGAAAGAAGAAGAAAAGCUUCGAGAGAAAUAUAAGUCAUCUCUGCAAUUCAAAUUAGAUUUUCUCUCCAUCAUACCAACUGAUCUCUUAUACUUUAAGUUAGGACUGAACUACCCGGAAUUAAGAAUAAACAGACUACUCAGAGUAGCUCGGAUGUUUGAAUUCUUCCAGCGAACAGAAACAAGGACAAACUACCCAAAUAUCUUCAGGAUCUCUAACCUUGUCAUGUACAUUGUGAUUAUUAUUCACUGGAAUGCCUGUGUGUAUUACUCGAUCUCCAAAGCCAUUGGAUUUGGGGCUGACACAUGGGUCUACCCCAACAUCUCUGACCCUGAAUUUGCCCGUCUGACUAGAAAGUAUGUCUACAGUCUUUACUGGUCAACACUGACCCUGACUACUAUUGGUGAAACCCCCCCUCCUGUAAGAGAUUCUGAGUAUUUCUUUGUGGUCAUUGACUUCUUGGUUGGAGUAUUGAUUUUUGCUACUAUCGUUGGUAACGUGGGCUCUAUGAUCUCCAACAUGAAUGCUGCCAGGGCAGAGUUUCAAGCAAGGAUCGAUGCUAUCAAGCAGUAUAUGCACUUUCGGAAUGUGAGUAAAGACAUGGAAAAACGAGUUAUAAAGUGGUUUGAUUACCUGUGGACAAACAAAAAGGCUGUAGAUGAAAGGGAAGUCUUGAAGUAUCUGCCAGAUAAACUAAGAGCAGAGAUUGCAAUCAAUGUUCACCUGGAAACACUAAAAAAAGUUCGGAUUUUUGCAGACUGUGAAGCUGGUCUGUUGGUGGAACUGGUUUUGAAACUCCAGCCACAAGUGUACAGUCCUGGGGAUUAUAUUUGCAGAAAAGGAGAUAUUGGACGAGAGAUGUACAUUAUCAAGGAAGGAAAGCUGGCAGUAGUCGCUGAUGAUGGAAUUACCCAAUUUGUGGUCCUAAGUGAUGGCAGCUAUUUUGGAGAAAUCAGCAUUCUUAAUAUCAAAGGUAGCAAAGCUGGCAACCGAAGAACAGCCAAUAUUAGAAGUAUUGGAUACUCAGACUUGUUUUGUCUGUCUAAAGAUGAUCUCAUGGAGGCUUUAACAGAAUAUCCAGACGCAAAGGCUAUGCUGGAAGAAAAAGGCAAGCAAAUCCUAAUGAAAGAUGGGUUGCUGGACAUUGAAGUUGCCAAUUUAGGAAGUGAUCCUAAAGAUUUGGAAGACAAGGUCACCUACAUGCAAGGAGCAGUGGACAGAUUACAAACAAAGUUUGCCAGGUUGUUGGCUGAAUAUGACGCUGCACAACAGAAGCUGAAAAAAAGACUUACAAAAAUUGAGAAAAUAUUGAAACCAGUUAUAGAGCAAGAAUUUGCAGACUUAGACGAAGCAGAUCCAUUGACAGACAAACCUGGAAAGGCAGAAUAA